AUGGCUCCGCAGCCUCUACCAUUCCCCGGGUUUACCCCGAUAUCAAACCGGGUCUAUCUUCGCGAUGGUCACGAAAAGGCCGAACCAGCCCCGGCUGAUGAACCAACAACGAUCAUGAUUUUUGGGUGGGGCGAUGGCAUGCCAAAAAAUGUUUCCAAAUACGCCGAUGGGUACCACGAGCUGUACCCCUCCGCCCGUAUCAUUGUGGUGCUGUCACGCACUCUACAUGCAUCAAACCAGCCUCUCGACGCCCGCGUGGAAGCGAUGAUGCCGGUAGUUGACAUGGUAUUCCCGACACCAACCGGCGACGGUGCAGGCGAAGAGCGCGUGUUGAUGCAUGCGAUGUCAAAUACAGGCGGUAUAUUCACAGCCGCCACGGUCGUCGCGUACCAAAAACGUCAUGGCACCGACAAAACUCUUCCUCACACACUGCUGGUCUGCGACUCCACACCGGGCAGUCUUGAUUUCGCGUCGCAAGUUGGCCGCUGGUCUCGCGCGAUGGCAGUCGGAACUGCCAAAUUCUUUCCGUGGCCGUCUAUUGUCACCCAGGGUCUGUGGUACGCCUUCUUGUGGGCCAACUUUGCUUUGGAAUGGGUGCGAGGAUCUGAACCGUCUGGGGUGUGGGCAACGCGAAUCAUGAACGAUCAGACCAUUGCCCCAAUCAGUUCAAACCGGCUUUACUUGUACUCUAAAGAAGACGAGAUUAUCUGGUGGGAGGACUUGGAGCAUGCCGUUGCCCAGGUAAAGAGUCUGGGUUAUAAAGUUGAUCUCGAAAUGUUUGAGGGAUCGCCGCAUGUGGGACACAUGCGAUUGCACCCGGAGCAAUAUUGGAACAAGGUUUCAAAUGCUUGGAAAGAGGCGCAGGAUCAACAAUAG